AUGACUGACCAAGAACUUUCGUGCAUGUAUUUGCGAAAUCGUAUGAAUCUGGCUCGAGGUGACCGUUCCUGCUUUGGAGGACCCCACUUAUAUGACUACACUUUGAAAGACGCUGCUCUAGAUGCGAAUGUCACGUUUGUUAUCUUCACCUUCGCAGAGUGA